AUGAGCGAAAAGCCACUGACGAGUCAGUCCUCCCAAGAUCCCAAUGUCGAGCCUGUUCAAGAGGGGACCUCUCCCAUAUCUCCUCAGCCCAAUACACCACCAUUCACUGCGUAUCUCCAAAUCGUCUCGUUCAUUGCGACCAUCACCAUCUCCGUAUCGAUUUCGGGGAGCCAGGCGUUUGCGACGGGAGAUAUCUUCUUCGGAACCUCUUUGGAUGGCUCAAGCACCGACCCCGCGUCGAUUCGCGCACUCCAGUUAACCAAGACUUCUGCAGAAUGGUUUGCCUGGGCUGCCGCGACCUCGGCGCUCUCGUUGAUGAUCACGCUCGUGCUGCAGCUACUUUUGACAGACGAGGUCUUUGUACGGCAAAUAACUGCAGGAAAGGGAAUUCCGAGGAUGAUGCUUGCGAUUGGUAGUUGGGUUGCUCUGGCCCUGCAGGCGAGCUCGAUGGCUCUCAUUGCAGAAGCAGUAAAGAGUUUGAACAAACCGAGUGGUGCUAUGAUGCAGUGGUGCUUACUAGCUAUUGGAUUCCCCUCCUUCCUUCUGUACAUGUAUAUCCUGCGCAAGGACCGAAAACGCCGCGAUGGUGUACCACAUGUUCCAUAG